AUGGCUACUGACUGGCAACCCGAGUGCCUUGUGCCUCAGAACCAGCCGUCACUGGAGUCGGUGAGAGCUCAUUCUGACCGGGCUCUCCAGAAUACCUCUGGGAAUGUCCAAUCCUAUGCGGACCACCUGGCUCAUGGUGAUGCUGCUGCCCGCGAGGAACACCUUCAACACCUUGGGUUCAAGUAUGCGCAACCCCCUCACCAUUCCCAGCCUAUCCGCAGUCAAAGCCUGCAAGAUCAACAGCAUGUAGCAGCUCGCAUGCAAGCUCGAAGGAUGCGUCGCCAGCAAACUAUUGGGCCUAAUAGCUCGCAGUCCCGCCGGGCACGAAGCAGCUAUCUCAAGUCCCAAAAGUACUUGGAGUACCGGUCCCGCCCUCGACGGGAUACAGGCAAGGAUGGUGAGCCAGUGUGGUCUGACGAAUUGGAAGAUGCUUUCCAGCAGGCACUUGAUGCGAACCCUCCCAUGGGCCGCAGAAAGUGGUCUGAGCGAGGAAAGUCAUACGGCCGCAACGAGCUCAUCGCCGAGUACAUCUUCAAGUUGACCGGCAAGAGAAGAACCCGCAAGCAAGUUUCGAGUCACCUGCAGGUCCUGGACUCGUUCCUCAAGGGAGAUCCCGAUUGGGAGCGACUGGUUCGAGAGACCUCGCCGGAACGAUCUUCCAGUGUGCACAGCUCUGCUCCAGGCCCCAAAUGGAGAACAUCAAUGGAGCACCCUUCGGCAUCCAACCCCUACAGCAGCCACGGCCACUCCUCCUACCAUGACAGCAUGCGGUCCAUGCAGCCCUACGCUGGUGACCUCCCUCCACCAGGCUACACACUCGGAUCUAGCAUGCAAGAAGCUGCUACCCACUCCAUUCAUGGCUUCAGCUUCGACAUGUGGGUGAGCGCCCCCUCCCAGGCCAACAACGUCGACAAGGCACUGCACGCAUACACGCGACUCCAGGGUGAUCUACACCACCCUGGGGCACCUCCCAAGCCUCUUGAGAAUGUGCAUGAUUGGCGUGGUUCUUUCCCUCAACUUGCCUCUAUGGUCGAUGAUAUCAGCAACCCCAUCGACUGCGAUAUCAUCCAACUGGAUGUGAACCUCGAAUUGAUGAACGACUUUCCUCCUGCGGGAUCUCGUCUAGGUAUCCAACUUGACCUAGACUUUGGGCACCCUACUGCUGGCGAUCUUACGGGAGUCAGCCACAUGAACAGCUGGACCUGCAACACAUACAUCUACCAGGAUGGCCAAGAGUUGGUUCAAUCACACCACGAUCUUCAAACGGCCAACACAACAAAGGUCAAGCCUCUCUUUGAAUCUUCUUGGUGGGCCAGGCGGUUCACAGAGUUGACUCAAGCGAAACGUGUUGCCGAGAACACAGGACAUCCCCAAGAUGCCCAGGAGGCGGAUGCCCAGUCCCGCCAGUUCUUCCGCUCCAUGACUGCAGUUCAGGAGCUUCGCGCCACUCCGCCCAACUCUCGGGCUGGUCAGUAUCAAAGCCAUGAUGACAGCAAGCGCAUGGCCAUCCUGGUCUGGAAGUUCCGUCAAACCCGCCCCGGUGAAGUCGGAACGACUACCUGGAGACGCCUCAUCACCACGCCUGAACGUACUGCCACCACCAGUCCUCGCGCCACUAAUGUCGACCUCCCCCCACUCUCUUUGGACUCUAUUCUCCUGAAGCAACCCUCUCACCAGAGCGUCUACCAGCCUCAGUCUCAAGAUAUCAUCCACCACGGCCUCCCUCAGUCCCAGUGGCCUCUAUACACCUCUCCCCACGACAAUGUGGCUAAUCUAUUUAAUUCUAAUGGUCCUCUCGACUUUCUGACAUCCAUCACCAAGGCCGAAGAUGGCCCCAACGACAAAACCGCCGUUACCUCAGUGCUGGACUCCUACGCAACCAGUCUUGCACCCCACACAGCCCCAUCUACCAGCCUCCACAACUCCAGCAGCGCACCCGUCAUGCUCAAUGUCCAUGACCUCUCAAUGGGACACCCGGGCAUGGGCUACAGCCUGGGGCCCGACACAUCCCACUAUGUCCCUGCCCAACAGCACCCUGUCAUGCACGAUAGCAGCAGCGUGCUCAAUGGCUUCUUCGGCUCGAAUGCCCAAUCUCUCGAAGACCUUGGCCACGGUCAAGGCUCUUGGGGUUCUCACCCGGCCUCUAUCCCCGGCGACGUCGGCAGUGGCUACCACCAUCUUCCUUACGAGGCCCAUGGCUCUGUGCCACGCGAUAUGCAGCAGCCCCACCACUUCGAUAUGACUUUGCCGUCGGAAGAUCUGAUGGAUAAGAUUGUUGGACGCAUGUCCAACGGUCCCAACAUGCAUGGGGCGGGCCCCGAUGCCAAUGCUGGCUAUGGAGAUAAUACCUCUGUGGACGCGGUAUAA